CAUUGGGAAUAGGUAGCCAAUAACUAUUAGCUGUAAUUCGUAGUCGGUCAACAUGGCUGCCACCAAACAUAAAGUUCCCAAAAUGCGGUUUCUAAAUGGUCAAGACUUCUGUCACUUUGUUGGACUUGGAACUGUUCAGAACCCGGAUGAAGUAGGACCUGCCUUAAGAGAAGCCAUAGAUCUGGGGUACCGUCACAUUGACUGUGCAGCUCUGUUCAAAAAUGAAAAAGAAAUCGGGGAGAUUCUUAAAGAGAAAACAACACUUGGAACAGGAACAAUUGAUCGAGAUGACUUCUUUAUUACAUCCAAGAUUUGGGGAACAGAUCUUAGACCAGAGAAAAGUCUCGAAUCCCUCAAGAAAACACUGGGAGACCUGGGACUGGAAUACUUAGAUCUCCUGCUUAUUCAGGUUCCUUUCGGGCUUAAGGAAGGAGACGAAUGUUUUCCAAAAGAAGAGGAUGGAACCUUUAGCUUAACGGAUGUAGAUUACGUAGACACAUGGAAGGUAUUAGAGUCACUGGUAGACGAAGGUUCCGUCAGGUAUAUAGGUGUGUCCAACUUCAACUGUGCUCAACUUCAGAGGUUACUUGAAUCUCCGGGGCUACGGUACCGGCCAGUGUGUAACCAGGUAGAGGUUUCACCUUACUAUGUCAACGAGAAACUAGUCCAAUUUUGCCAAAGACGAGACACACCAGUAGUAGCAUAUGCACCUCUCGGAGCACCGGCAAGACCAUGGGUACAAAAAGAUGAACCUUCACUUCUCCAGGAACCGGUUAUAGCAAAAAUUGGCAAAUUCCAUAGACGAACACCGGGUCAGAUCGCCCUACGGUGGGGAGUCCAGAGAGGGUACGCUGUCAUACCAAAGAGCUCGAAUCCGAAAAGAUUAAAAGAAAAUUUAAACUUAUUUGACUUUUCGCUUACUGCCAGAGAAAUGGAGCAAAUCUCAGCACUGAACAAAAACCAGAAAGCAUAUGGAUUUGAAGGUGCCAGAAAAAGUCAAAACUACCCAUUCAACGAGCCAACCCAUAUCGAAGAAGGCGGUGCAGCAAUCAUGUAGAACAGGGAAACAUGAUAACAUUAUGUCUAUAUUGGCAUGCCUAUUGUAGGUUGCAUGUAACGAUAUUCCAAGGGCUAGCUUUCUUAUUGGUUUCGCUUACAACUGUUGAUGGUGAACAUUUAGUCAAUGUUUCUGGUUACAACGAUCUGACAACUAAACCAACCAACCAACUGAACUGUUCAGUAACCUGAGUAUGCAACGGUCAUGUCUUCUGUUUAAAAUAAUUGCAUUUCCGUAUGGUAUUUAAAUGCAACGCUACGUUUAUGUCUUUUUCCACCCACUGACGGUAACAAUUCAUUUAGAUGAAAACUUUCCGACCCGCUAACAUAUUUUCAAAGCCUUGGAAAUCGUAGCAUAAAUAAGACGUAGUUCAUAAGUAACGAUGCCCUAGUGGCUACUUAGAUUCGGAAUAAACAAUUUCACUGUUGUGAUUCUUCGCCGAGUACCGAGUUCAAGAUCAAGUUAUUGUCUUGAAAUACAUUGGUGUUUGCCUUGAUAUCAUCGCCACAUUGGAGCACUGUGUACUUUUCAAAUGUGUAAAAGUAGGAUUGUUAAAUGUUUCUUAGUAAUUAAAUCCUCUGAAAACCACAGAAAGAUGCACUUGCUUAGAAAAUGAAAACGCUUACCCAACUUCCACAUAUUUCGGCAUCAUCAAAAGAAUUUUCUUACAACUUGAUAAAUGGAAUAAUUCCAAUACAUUUAUUUAUAAAACCGUUCUUAUGCUAAAACUCAAUUCUGUGCUUAAACCAACUUUCUUGUAACAUAUCAAUAUCUCACGAUGGGUUCAAGUCAACAAAUAUACACAUAACUAUAAGUUUAAGCUAAUUACCCACAACAUAUAUUUCAAGUUAAAUAACUUAACCACUUAAAAUUAAGAAUCGGGUUCCGGAACAGAAUCGGGAGUUUUAGUAUGAGAACGGUUUUAUGAAUACUUUCGAGACCAACGGAAACAAACGGAGCACUGUUUAAACCAAAAACCAUUUUUCUUAAUGUUUACACAUUGCGAAAUGUUUUAGACACUAUUUAACACAAACUCAAAUACAACUUAAAGGAAACACAUUUUUCUUGUAGGAAACCAUCGCAUUAACAUUUUAUCCUUACGCUUUAGCAAAUUAUUGAGUCAAUGGACAGUGUGUUACCUUGAUUUCCGUGGAUUCUACUGUCCGGUGAUAGAUAUCCGGUGAGGAUUCAAUACGGCUUACAAGUUUCAUGUGUAAGCAGAAUAGCUAACUUCUCAUCGUGUUUUAUUUAUACAUGUUUUAAACAUUGUGAUCAUUUCCUAUUACGUUCGUAUCAUUACGACAUUCAAAUAAAAAUAUAUUUAUCA